AUGACCCCCGAACCUUCACGCACCCAAGACCAACAUCCCACAUACACCCUUUCAGCCGCUGAAAAAAACCACUUCCUCGAACACGGCUACGUCUUAAUCCCCCAGUGCUUCACGCGCGAAAAAGCCCAAUCAUGGACGCGCGACGUCUGGAUCCGACUGGGAUACUCCGCCUCCGACAAAAGCACCUGGACAUCCGAGCGCAUCAACAUGCCACACCACCGACAAGAAAGCGCCCGCGAUUUCGCGCCAAAAGCCUGGUCCGCAAUCUGCGAGCUCUGCGGCGGCGAGGAUCGGAUCUCCGAGGACAACGAAUUCCGAAGUUGGCGCGACAGUCUGAUCGUGAAUCUGGGGAGUGCGGAGUGGGAGGGAAAAGACGUGGACCCGCGCGAGCUGGAUGAUUGGCACGUUGACGGGGACUUCUUCUGGCAUUUCUUGGAUUCGCCGGAGCAGGCGCUGCUUGUUAUACCGUUGUUUUCGGAUAUUAGGCCGCGCGGUGGCGGGACUAUGAUUUGUCCGGAGGCGAUAGGCUUGAUGGCGAGGUAUUUGUACGAGCACCCCGAAGGCGUAUCCCCGCACAUGGUGCCCCGGCUGCGAGCGCAGAAUCCAGAAUCAGACCCCGGCUUGACGUUCUACAAAUCUCUAAUCCAGAAUUGCACGGACUUCCGUGAAAUGACGGGGGAAACAGGCGACGUGAUCCUAAUACAUCCACUGAUGCUGCACUCGGCGUCGCGGAACAGUUUACGUAUCCCGCGCAUCAUCACGAAUCCCCCGGUUGCUUUGAAGGAACCGUUUAAUUUUGACCGUGAAGACCAUAGUCAGUAUAGCCUGAUCGAGCAGAAGACACUUCUGGCGCUCGGGAAAGAUAGGCUGAGGGGUUGGAAGAUCGCGACGGAGAGGGAGAGGAUUGUGCCGGCGCGGAUGAAGAAAUUUUACGAGAUGAAGGUAGCUGAGGAGAAGCGACUGAGGGAGGCGGGAAUGCGGAUAUCCAGUGGUAGUGAGGAUGGCUUUGAUGGAUCUAAGGCUGAACCUUGA